AGUUGUCCCAAACUUAAAAAAAUAAUUAAAUACAACCUAAUGCUUACUAUGUGUAUGCGCAUAACAUUUCAAAUCGGAGAAAGUGUAACUAAGUACCAAUAUUUUACUUUUAUUUCAUAUUUAGGAUAUAUUUCUACUCCACUACGUGUUUAUGCAUGAAUAUUUUACACACAAUAUAAUUAUUGGGAUCCAUACAAAGUACCAUUUAGCCCAUUUUUUGGUUUGAUUUUGAUUUGAUAACUUAAACAGUACACAAAAGUUCAUUUAGUACUGUCUAUGGUUCGCGCUGGCGUGCACGUAUUUUGUCCCUUCAAAGGACCCUUCUGACUCCAUGGCAACGCAGCUACAGCCACAGAUAGCUAAUCUCAUUUGUUUGUGCAGGCGGCAGAAUCUGCUCUUUUUUUAUACAAUUAACGAUAAAACUGGACAAUGUGACUUUAGUUAAAAUAAGCCAACGCUUUAUUCUGUAUUGAUUACACAAGACGCAUUCAUGAAAAUACAGGACCCUUCAGAACGAUAAGAUGUUAGCACUGUUAGCUGCCCUGUAACGGUAACCAGUUAUUCUUUGCUAACGUGUUGUUAACGUUAGCUGUUAGCUAACGUUACAUAUUAGCUAGCUAAUCUAACUUUAUGUCAUUUUCUAUAUUUUUGUCUGACUUGGACUGCGAGGGACAAUUCCUCACUACAAAUACGCUUGAAUUCCCAGAGAUGUGAGCCUUGUGACAGUUGAAGGUGUCUUCUUAGAAAGAGACAAUGCAGGUGUUGCCUAUUUGGGAGCUUUCCAUCCCUCUCCCAGCAGUGCUGAUGAUUACUCUGAGUCUCUACAUGAUCUUCCUGGGGAUCGGGCUGUGGAUCCGAUCCUGCCUCAAGGACCGUUGUUCUUCAGAGUGUUGUGACUGCUGUCCAAACAUUUCCGUAUGUGACCAGUGCUUCAGAUUUGCGGAAAUGUGUGACUGUCGCCUGCCAACCGUGCGCACAUGUCGGGCCGUUUCGUGCCCGUCUCCUUCUUGUGCCAAAUGGGACUGUGCCUGCACCUGUCAGCCUCCGGAGUGUGACUCCUGCAACUGCCUCUGCUUCGAGAUACGGAUCAAGUAGAAGACGAGGAUCGAGGUGCACCAAUGUCAACUGAGUGACCACAAGUACUUUAGUUUUUGAGUUCUUUAAAACAUGUUUUUAAAGUGUAUGCCUUUUAUUAGAAAGUUUCCAGUGGAGAAAUAACAGGUAAAAGAGGGUUGUGUAAGACUGUGAUUUAUGCUCAGCAUAUUUAUUUUCUGUAAAAUGAAUGGAGUUAAUGGAUGAAACAACCAGACAGUAAAUAAGUGAUAAAUUAAAUACCUGAUAAAACAACGUACUUCAUCACAUUGAUGCAAAAAUGUACCGAAAAACUGUUUUGCUCAUUGAAUUUAAAUAUCUAAUGUCUAAUGUUGAUAUUAAAAUUAGAUAUCUGCUAUAAUAUUGUACAUGUUGAUACUUCUGUACUUUAUAAUCUAAUAAAAUUGAAAUGUCAAAGGGAGCGAUCUAUUGAUGCAAAAUCACAAUGACAGUUUUGUACUUGGGUAAGAAAGUUUGUAUUUUGCAUACUGACUGCCCAGAUACAUAGUAUAAAUAGAAAGGCAAAAUCUCUGUGGACCAAUUUACCACCUCAAUUUACCACCUCAUAUCAUUCAGCAGCAUAUAAAUCAGGUCCCUCUCAGCUCAAGGACACAUAACUCCUAAAAAAAAAAGAACUGGAGCACACUGAUUCAUUUGCAGCCUUUGAUUGUGCAAACAGACUAACAUUUCAACAAUUCAGUGUCUUCAGCAGAGUCAAAAGAACAUUGUAUUCAGCUUUCAGAAUUAGAAUAUUACUCAGAAACAGGGUUUUUUAAUUGUUAAAGAAUGAUAAACCUCAACAUAAAAACUGAAAGAAUGUUUUAACUGACACUGUUGUUUAACACUUCAUUUUGAAUACAAAAGGACUUUUUAAAUAUCUUUUACUUUUGAUGAAAGACAGAAUUGUUGACCUGGUUUUGUUGAUACCUUUUCUAUUGCAUAUUUUGAGAAAUUUGGAGUUCAUUAUGUUAAAGCUAAUGUGUAGUGUAUAUUUCAGUACUUUCCUGACUUCCUGUCAGUUGUUUCAUCAGUAAUCUCCUGAAACAGCUAGUCACUGUUGUUUUUAUCAAACAAACAGGAAGAAAAAGUGCAUCUUCUGGGGACUAUUUUCAGCGGUGGUUUAAUCUACAUUUGGUUCUCUAGUGAGCAUUUGUGGCAGCAGAACUGUGUAUGUUUUCAUGGAAUUUGUUGACUUGAAUAAAAUAUAGAAUAUCA